UUUGCCAUGUUCGAUCUGUAGCCACUGUGAUCAUUGUAUCGACUAGAUCUCACCCCGUGCCACGCAGCGACAUCACGAGUAAGAGAUGGUGUACACAGCACCACGUAUACUGCCAGCAUCAGAGUAGCUUCGUCCGGCAAGUCUAGCGCUGAUAUCUUUAAGGCGUACAUGUGCUGCUGGCGGAUAUACGUAGACGCCAGGCCAGAUGGCAUUGUAGAAGAAUGCCAUAAGUACGUGAGGUAGUCAUGCAAAGAGAGGACGUGGAAAUGUUCUGUCGGCGUCUCCUGAGGGUGUCUCUGCUCUGGCUCCUCUGGCCCCAUGUUGCUGAGUGCAGUACGGUGGUUGUGCAGUGUUCCUCGAAGGAUUACGCCUACACAGAGUGCAGCGUUCCGGACCUUGACGGACAAAACCAAGUGAUGGCUGUUACCAUAAAGACGCAGCUGUCUUCAUCAGCUUGCACCCCUGCCGUUAGUUUCGGAAACAAUAAAACAAAGAUGUGGGUGUCGCAUGGAUGCAGGGGGGAGUUCAACGUACAGUUUGGAAUAGUUCAGCCAGCGUCGUCAACACAAGUCAGCACCAGCAUCACAUCUCGCAACGUUGUUGAGUUGAAUACAAUUCUACAAACAAUGACGGUUGAAAAAUCUUCUUCAUCACAAGGGCACGAGUUAUUUUCUUCAUAUGGACAAGUACUAUCAUCACAAGGGCACGAGUUGUUUUCUUCAUAUGGACAAGUACUAUCAUCAUUAAGGCUCGACUUGGUGUUCUCGCAAGAACACAUCACACAAUCACAAGAAGACAGGUUAACGCAGACACAAACACACGCUGCGUCAUCACUGAGACAAGCGCUUUCGUCGCCAUUUGAGGUAUUGUCCACAUCGUAUAACCUUUCUGCUACCGUUUCCCUUCACGGAGGUUCUACCUCAACAGGUUUCCUAUCACGGACUGCAUCUAUCGCCCCUCUCAGGUCAGACGCGUUGUCGAGCCUGUAUAGCACGACAGCACUUUCCCCUACAGAUGCAACUUCCUCCUUGCCGCUGAACAAUGUCGAUCGCACCCCUUCUCUCGUUCCAUCGCAAACAACGCUAGUCCCUCGCACUUGUUGUUGUAUGAAGCGGGCUCAAACUGAGACUGGAGUGGAACGCAGUGAGUACAUCAAACAGAUAGUGGAGAAAUUACAAGUCAACGUAGAGAAUUUAUCGAAGACAGUACGUAAGAAAACGAGUGCGAAGGACGAUCGCCCUUCCUCCGUCAGCAUUGGCUGUGUGGCAGUGGUGUUUCUGGUGUUGACGGCCCUGCUGAUACUUCUCCCGGAUGUGUGUACAAUUUGUAAAACAUAUAACACAUAGACGACAAACGGAAAGCGGACGGCAACUUGAUAUAUACCAGUAUACAAUUUGUAGAACUAGCAACGCAUACGAGAAAUACAUUGUGAGGUUUAACGUUGCGUCCAAGAUUCAUGUACUUAUAUAGCGACAUGAAAUUGAUACAUACCUCGAUAUAUGUCCAAGUUGUAGAACAAGUUACACCUAUAAGAAAGACAUGGGAAGGGGAGGGCACCUUGAUACAUGUACAAGUUGUAGAACAAGUUACACUUAGAGGAAAGACAUGGGAAGGGGAGGGCACCUUGAUACAAGUACAAGUUGCAGAACAAGUUACACCUAGAAGUAAGACAUGGGAAGGGGAGGGCGCCUUGAUACAUGUACAAGUUGUAGAACAAGUUACACCUAGAAGAAAGACAUGGGAAGGGGAGGGCACCUUGAUACAUGUACAAGUUGUAGAACAAGUUACACUUAGAGGAAAGACAUGGGAAGGGGAGGGCACCUUGAUACAAGUACAAGUUGCAGAACAAGUUACACCAAGAAGAAAGACAUGGGAAGGGGAGGGUGCCUUGAUACAUGUACAAGUUGUAGAACAAGUUACACCAAAGAAGAAAGACAUGGGAAGGAGAGGGCACCUUGAUACAUGUACAGGUUGUCGAACAAGUUACACCUAGAACAAAGACAUGGGAAGGGGAGGGUGCCUUGAUGCAUGUACAAGUUGUAGAACAAGUUACACCAAGAAGAAAGACAUGGAAAGAGGAGGGUGCCUUGAUACAUGUACAAGUUGUAGAACAAGUUAAACCAAGAAGAAAGACUUGGGAAGGGGAGGGCACCUUGAUACAUGUACAAGUUGUAGAACAAGUUACACCAAGAAGAAAGACAAGGGAAGGGGAGGGUGCCUUGAUACAUGUACAAGUUGUAGAACAAGUGACACCAAGAAGAAAGACAUGGGAAGGGGAGGGCACCUUGAUACAUGUACAAGUUGUAGAACAAGUUACACAAAGAAGAAAGACAUGGGAAGGGGAGGGCACCUUGAUACAUGUACAAGUUGUAGAACAAGUUACACCUAGAACAAAGACAUGGGAAGGGGAGGGUGCCUUGAUGCAUGUACAAGUUGUAGAACAAGUUACACCAAGAAGAAAGACAUGGAAAGAGGAGGGUGCCUUGAUACAUGUACAAGUUGUAGAACAAGUUAAACCAAGAAGAAAGACUUGGGAAGGGGAGGGCACCUUGAUACAUGUACAAGUUGUAGAACAAGUUACACCAAGAAGAAAGACAAGGGAAGGGGAGGGUGCCUUGAUACAUGUACAAGUUGUAGAACAAGUGACACCAAGAAGAAAGACAUGGAAAGAGGAGGGUGCCUUGAUACAUGUACAAGUUGUAGAACAAGUUACACAAAGAAGAAAGACAUGGAAAGGGGAGGGUGCCUUGAUGCAUGUACACGUUGUAGAACAAGUUACACCAAGAAGAAAGACAUGCGAAGGGGAGGGUGCCUUGAUACAUGUACAAGUUGUAGAACAAGUUACACUUAGAAGAAAGACAUGGGAAGGGGAGGGUGCCUUGAUGCAUGUACAAGUUGUAGAACAAGUUACACAAAGAAGAAAGACAUGGGAAGGGGAGGGCACCUUGAUGCAUGUACAAGUUGUAGAACAAGUUACACCAAAGAAGAAAGACAUGGGAAGGGGAGGGUGCCUUGAUGCAUGUACAAGUUGUAGAACAAGUUACACCAAGAAGAAAGACAUGGGAAGGGGAGGGCACCUUGACAUAUGUACAUGUUGUAGAAGAAGUUACACCUAUAAGAAAGACAUGGGAAGGGGAGGGCACCUUGACAUAUGUACAUGUUGUAGAUGAAGUUACACCUAUAAGAAAGACAUGGGAAAGGGAGGGCGCCUUGACAUAUAUACAUAUUGUAGAAGAAGUUACACGUAGAAGAGGGAGGAGGGCACCUGGAUAUACGAUACUUCGAGCCUAGCUUACUCACCUCAUUGCAUGUGCACAAUGUUACAAUUGAUAUAUUUUUUGCCUUAGCGGGAAAAUAUACACUGUACUGAUUUAUGUUGCUGGACAGGAUUGCUGCGUCACACCUUUGAUGAUGUUCUCAUUCAUUGUACAUAUUGCGCGAUCAUCUCAAAAUUGAGCAUAUUUUGUUAUUCCUGUGGCUGUGAAGAUAAACAUACUGUGCUUUCAAUGUACAGUUAGGGUACCUGCAGAUCACGCGCAACUUUAGGUUCUAAAUGUGAAUUUAGCGCUCAUCCUUGAAUACUAUUAUUGAAGUUACUGUAACUUUGCAUUUUGUAACCUGUAUUUGUAUAUGUAGUCAUUUAAAAAUAGCUAUCGACAAUGACUGUAAAGGAAGUACUAUUCUACAAAUAUCAGUUUACCCGGUACUGUGGCCGUCAAAUCGGCUGUUUUAACCAGAGAGGCUUCAGUGAUUUGAUGACCCCUGAUUGGCUGAUAGAAUCGAGUGAUCUCCAAAUGCAUGGUAGACUGUAAGUGUAUUCUCUUAAAAUGUAUCGAUUACCACAAAUGAUAAUAAGCGGAAAGCAGGAUGUAAAAAACCCAACACAUUUGCUUUCAAAAGAAUCGAUCCAAAAACUUGUUUUAUUGGCAUGCCUAGUAUUGUCAGUAGAUCUGUGUGAAAUGGGAAUCAAUAUUUAUUAUUUACACAUGCCGUCAACUAAAUAAGCUAAUGAUUUACGCAGUGCACAAAGGGAGCUUCUGUGCAGUUCUCCUGUGUGUUGUUAAAUUGCUUCCAUUGCGCAAGCUAACCUCAACUCAAUCGAACAGCUGUUUUCUAUGGAUUUUGAAUGUGCUUGAAUUAUUUUAUAAUGUCAUAUUAAAACAUGUCGGGAAGAUAAAUUCGCUGUAGCAGGAACACUCGGGUACAUGGGGUUUAUGUGUCCCUCGUUAAGUUUUAAAACCUAACACGGGACGCAUAAAACCCCAUUUCCCCCCUUGUGAUCCUGCUACAACCUAUAGUGGUGUCCUUGUCUUAUAACCGUUAAAGACGGUGUUAUUAUUUUGCAAUGCCGAUGUUAUUAAUAUAUUUAUUAAACUUGGAUGUGUGUCGCAAUAAAACAUACAUAUGCACUCAA